AUGGCAGAGACAGAUACGGAGACGGCGGCGUCGGGGCAGCAGGGCCUCAAGAAGAAGGAGGUGGUGCUGCCCGUGGAGGGGCGGCGGAACGUGCUGGUGACGAGCGCGCUGCCGCACCUGGGCAACCUGGUCGGCUGCGUGCUCAGCGCCGACGUCUACGCGAGCUACUGCCGCCUCCGGGGCGACAACGUGCUCUUCGUCUGCGGCACCGACGAGUACGGCACCGCCACCGAGACCAGGGCCAUGGAGGAGCGCUGCUCGCCGCGGGAGAUCUGCGACAGGUACCACGCGGUCCACAGGGAGGUGUACGAGUGGUUCGGCGUCAGCUUCGACCACUUCGGCCGCACGUCGUCGCCGCAGCAGACGGAGAUCUGCCAUGACAUAUUCCGGAAAUUACUGGACAACAGUUGGCUUUCAGAGAACACAAUACAACAGCUCUACUGCAACUCGUGCCAGAGGUUCUUGGCUGACAGACUCGUGGAGGGCUCCUGCCCCACCAAGGGAUGCAGCUACGACUCCGCACGCGGUGACCAGUGCAAAAAAUGUGGGGAAUUGCUCAACUCAAUUGAGUUGAUCCAUCUGUAUCGGUUUCAUAAUGUCGUUACCUUGGUGCCUGGCAAGAACCAACCCAACAGUGGCAGUGGGUUUCCUUUCUUGUGCUCAACGGCGGCCAUUCUUCAGGUCUGCGGGAGCGCUCCCUGCGUCCGCGACACUGAUCACCUGUUCCUGGAGCUCCCUCUGUUGAAGGAGACGCUGGAGAGGUACAUCCAGGAGGCCUCUGCUGAUGGAUCUUGGAGCCAAAACGCCGUUAAUGCAACAAACGCUUGGCUCAAGGGAGGCCUCAGGCCUCGCUGCAUCACCAGGGACCUCAAAUGGGGCGUCCCUGUGCCACAUGAGAAGUGUUCUAUGUCUGGUUUGACGCACCAAUUGGGUACAUCAGAAUGCUACACGCCGGAAUGGUCGAAGUGGUGGAAGAACCCAGAUAAUGUUGAGUUAUACCAGUUCACGGGCAAAGACAAUGUUCCAUUCCACACGGUCAUGUUCCCCUCUACGCUACUUGGAACUGGUGACAACUGGACUUUGCUGAAGGCAAUUAGUGUAACUGAAUAUCUAAACUAUGAAUCAGGAAAAUUCUCAAAAAUAAGGGUAUUGGAGUCUUUGGCAAUGAUGCAUCAGAUACGCAAUUCACUUGGGCAUUGGGCAGAUUUGCAAGCCAAGCUCAACAAUGAGUUGGUAAAUAUUUUGGGGAACUUCAUUAAUCGAGUUCUGAGCUUCAUUGCAAAACCAGAGGGAGCUGGAUAUGGUUCCAUUAUACCUGAUGCACCACAUGCAGAGUCACAUGCACGGACUCAGGAAAUUUCAGAAACUGUUGGUAAAUUGGUUGAGCAGUAUAUAGAUGCGAUGAACAAGGUCAAACUAAAACGAGGGCUAAAGCUUGCAAUGGCCCUUUCCAAAGAGGGAAAUGCAUACCUGCAAGGUAGUAAGUUUUGGGAACUUUACAAACAAGAUCCAGUUGGUUGUGCCACUGUGAUAAAGACUUCCAUUGGCCUCGUUUACCUCCUGGCUUGUUUGCUAGAGCCUUUCAUGCCAUCCUUCUCAAAAGAGGUCCUUCAUCAGCUGCCCCCAGAAGAGCAUCUAUUAUUUUGUGAUGGAAAAGGGCAGAGGGAAAAAAAAAAGGCCUUGGGAUCUUAUACCAUCAGGCCACAGGAUAGGGAAACCUACACCUCUAUUCAGAAGAUUGGAUGA